UUAUGUUUGCUUCCGUAUAAGAAGUUAAGAACAGCGCCCAAAAUCACGAAACAUAAAGAUUAAAGUGUUUGUAUUUAGAAGAAUUUGGCUGAAGAUGGAUUAUGAAUACUGGUACACUGGUAAUGAUACUUUUAACUUCACCGACGAUUUUAAAUUUUGCGAGAUGAUGUAUUUAGGAGACAUAGUAUCAUGGAGUCUGGCAGUUUACAUGCUCAUCAUCGUCUUUGGGGCAAUAUCGAAUAUCCUGCUUUUGUUUGCUAUCUAUAAAAAUCCUCUCAAAUGUUUUUCUAAUCCGACUACAUAUUUCGUCGCGAACUUAGGCAUAGUCGAUUUGCUGAAUUCCAUUUUCAAUUUGGAGGAGCUACUGUUGUCACAGACUGAACACGAGAGCACCUUCUGUUUGCCAGGCGCCUGGGGAAUGAUUCAUUCCACAUUUGCGAGUUAUAUUUUCUUUUUACUGUAUCCAUCAGUGGCCAUUAUGGCGUUGGAGAGAUAUGUGUCUGUAGCUCAUCCUUUAUGGCAUCAAGUAAACGUCACAUCUCGUGUGUGCUAUAUAUCGAUUACUGCAGUCUGGUUAGUCAACUGUAUCUAUACUGGAAUAUACAGGCAUUUUACUCACGUAGCAGGCAUAUUACCUAGCUAUCCAAUUGCAUUCUACCUUACGACAGUUCUCGUUUAUCUCUUGGCGUUUACAUCUAUUCGUAAACAACGUUUAUCUCUCGGAGCUGACAUUUCGCAAUCAAAAUGUGUUAAACAAAUGAUGAAACUACGUUUAAGAAAUGAAAACCGUUUUCUUACGACUGUUUUAAUCGUAAACAUUGUCCUUGUAUUUGGGAUAAUUCCGUCCAUUCUUGACGUAAUUAACAUGCACUCGAAGUACCCUGCAUUCUUGUUAUAUACUACGGAUAUUUUGUUUUUGAUAAACACGGCAGUAAAUCCACUUUUGUAUCUUUGGAGGCUGCCAAAGUAUAGGAAAACAUUCUUUGUUUUGUAUUGUGGGAAAACGUAA